CCCCGAGUAAGGAUCACUCACUGUGCAAAAGAAACCUUAAAAUGUUAUUUCUUCCUCUUAUUCUGUGGAUAGCUUACACAAAUGUUUGCCUGGCUCAGUAUCAUAUCAAUCGCCCCAGACAAAACUUUCCGGAUACUUUCAAGUUUCCAACAGAGUACAAGGACAUCCCAAGAGUUUUUGAGUGGAAGAAUAUUCAAUAUGGUUUCCCUAGUGAACAAGAACGGGAACAAGUGCUCCGAAAUGGAAGAUAUAACCCGGAUAGUCCCAUUCCCAUCGACAUAGCUGUUUACUAUCCGCCUAAUGGUGGUCCAGCUCGACACUUUGUGACUACACCUCGAUUUGGUCAGGGAGUUCCCUAUUCUCUAGCCUAUGUAACCAAUGUGCAGCGGGCAAAUGGCAGUGAAAUUCAGGCCUAUCCCAGUUACCAGUGGCACAGUAGCCAUGGAGCCAAUUGCGAUGGCCUGACCUCCGUUUAUCGGGUCCACAUCGAUGGCUGUGGUCAUAUGUGGAUCUUGGACAGUGGAGAGAUUGAGUUUGUGCAGUACUGUGCCCCACAAGUGGUGGUCAUCGAUUUGGCCACCGAUCAGUUGAUUCAUCGCUAUCGCUUGCCCGAAACCUCGUACAAGGCGAAAGUGAGCAGAUUCGUGAAUAUCCUAGUGGACGUAAGGGAUCCUCCGCCGAGAGGACAGUGCAAGGAUGUCUUUGCCUAUCUGGCCGAUCCCACCAGCAAGGCUAUAGUGGUCUACGAUGUGGUGGGCCAAAACUCAUGGCGCAUCGAGAACAAGUUCACAUAUCCGGAUGCCAAAUUCGGCACUCACACGGUGGCAGGAGAAAGUUUCGAGCUGCUGGAUGGACCUUUGGCUUUGGCGGUUACUCCGUUGGAAUUGGGAAUCCGUCGUCAUCUGAUCUUUCACGCCCUCUCCAACGAACUGGAGCUGGCCAUUCCCCUGGAUAUCCUUAAUAACGCCACCAAUUGGCAAAGGGGCCUCAGUGCUUCCCUCUCGGAAUUUAUCACCCUGGGCAAAAGAGGAGUUCAGUGUGCCUCGCAUGCGAUCAGCAGGCAGGGAUUUCUGUUCUGCGGAUUUCUAGAGCCCAUCGGCAUUUUUGCCUGGAACAUACGAACGCCCUACAACCGGCAGAAUGUCCAGCUAUUGGCCCUUAAUCCGGAUACCCUGCAGUUUGUGAGUGGCCUGAAGAUUGUCGAGAGGCCUUCAGACGGCCGGGAGGAGCUGUGGCUGCUGUCCGAUCGACUGCAGAAGAUAUUUGCCGGAACCAUCGACUACAGGGAAAUCAAUUAUCGGGUACUCCGCUGCGGAGUGGACGACCUGUUGCAGGGGCGGGGCUGCUUUUAGGUCCCAAAACCCUUAAAAUCUGAGAGGCUGGCUGUGUAAACACUCUUAAAAUCGACAUAAAAGAUGCCCAUAAAUAAAUCUUCGGACUAUUCGAAAGUGUUUGCUUCGCCGCCACAGUUUUUUUGAAAGUAUAUUUCUAGGUUCUAUGGUUUCAGUGUACUUUCGGCCAAAGGCUAACACCUUUGCGCCUACCUGUGAAUCUUCAG